AUGGCAUCAUCCAUCUUCAAAGUUUUUCUAUCAACAAUCAUUCUUUGCACUUUCUUGAAGGAACACACUCAUGCCCUUAGAAAGACCUACAUUGUGUACCUGGGAGGACAUACUCAUGGUCCAAAUCCUUUGCCUAGUGAUCUUGAGUCAGCCACAAAUUCCCAUUAUGAUUUACUGGCUUCAGUCUUGGGAAGUCAUGAGAAGGCCAAGGAAGCAGUUAUGUACUCCUACAAUAAACACAUAAAUGGCUUUGCUGCACUGCUUGAAGAGGAAGAGGCAUCAGAGAUUGCAAAAAACCCAAAUGUGGUUUCAGUUUUCUUGAGCAAAGAGCAUAAAUUGCACACUACCAGGUCAUGGGACUUUCUUGGACUGGAAAAAUAUGGUGGAAUUCCUCCAAACUCUGCUUGGCAGAAGGCAGCAUUUGGCGUAAAUACAAUCGUGGCUAAUAUAGAUACAGGCGUUUGGCCCGAACACAUGAGUUUCAACGACUAUGGAUACGGGCCCGUUCCAUCGAGGUGGAAUGGGAAUGGGGUCUGUGAGAUUGACCAAUUUAAUGGUUCAAACAAAAAUUUCUGUAACAGGAAGCUGAUUGGAGCAAGAAUCUUCAGCAAAAAUUACGAGGCACAAUUUGGCAAACUUGAUCCAUUGAACCUUACUGCACGUGACUUUGUUGGCCAUGGUACCCAUACCCUGUCAACUGCUGCUGGUAAUUUUGCUCCUGGUGCUACUAUCUUCGGUAAUGGAAAUGGCACUGCAAAGGGUGGAUCCCCAAGAGCUCGUGUUGCAACCUACAAAGUUUGCUGGUCUACACUUGAUGCUGGUGGCUGUCAUGAAGCUGACAUUUUACAAGCAUUUGAUUAUGCCAUUUAUGAUGGUGUUGAUGUCAUCUCAGCCUCUGUGGGUGGUUCUACUCCCUAUGCUGAAGCUUUGUUCACAGAUGGCAUUUCCAUUGGGGCAUUCCAUGCAGUUGCUAGAAAUAUAGUGGUUGUUUGCUCAGCUGGGAAUGAUGGGCCAGCACCUAGAACUGUCUUAAAUGUUGCACCUUGGUCCUUCACUGUUGCUGCUAGUACAAUAGACAGGGAUUUUCUCACCAACAUUUCUUUUGGUAACAAGCAUUACCUAAAGGGAGCUAGUCUUAAUAGAGGCUUACCAUCACGGAAAUCUUAUCCAUUGAUUCAUUCUGUCGAUGCUAAACUUCCUAAUGCCACAAUUCAAGAUGCUCGUAUUUGCAAGCCUGGAACACUUGAUCCUACCAAAGUAAAGGGACAAAUAUUAAUCUGCAUUCGAGGUGACAAAACAUCAUCAGUUGCUGAGGGCCAAGAAGCUGCUCGUGCAGGCGCAGUGGGAGUAUUUGUGAUCAAUGAUGAGCAAAGUGGAAAUACACUCCCAGCUGAGCCUCAUAUUAUACCCGGUGCAAGUUUGGAUGUCUAUCAGGAUGAAAAUGCUGAUGAAGGUGAAUGGUUAAGAAAAGGAGGUUCCGACAAAAACAAUAGCAGGAAACUUGCAGCUUUCAUGCCUGCAGCAAGAACAUAUAUAGGAAUAAAGCCAGCUCCAACUGUGGCUGGAUUCUCAUCCAGGGGUCCCAGUGCCGUGCAACCAUUGAUACUCAAGCCUGACAUAACUGGUCCUGGUGUGAACAUACUAGCUGCUUAUUCACUAGCCACAGGUCCAUCUAAUCUGCCAUCAGAUACACGCAGGGUUCCUUUCAAUGUGCAACAGGGAACUUCUAUGUCUUGCCCUCAUGUUGCUGGGGUGGCUGGUCUUCUCAAAACACUUCAUCCUGAUUGGAGUCCAGCAGCUAUCAAAUCAGCCAUUAUGACUACUGCUACAACACUAGAUAACACGAAUCGGCCUAUUCGGGACGCAUUUGAUCGAAUAGCAACUCCAUUCGAAUACGGCGCAGGACAUAUUCAGCCUAACCUUGCAAUGGAUCCUGGACUUGUUUAUGAUUUAAGCACAACUGAUUACUUGAACUUUUUAUGUGCUUCUGGUUCUACUCAAGCUUUACUCAAGUUGAAAUUCUCUUACACUUGUCCUAAGUCCUACAACAUUGAAGAUCUCAAUUAUCCUUCAAUAACAGUAACUAAUCGCGGGAUAAAUCCUAUCAAUGUAACUCGUACAGUUACAAACGUUGGGCCUCCAAGUACAUAUGUUGUGAAAACUCACGUAAUUGAAGGAUUUAAGGUUCUGGUUCAACCUAGUUCAUUGACUUUUAAGACAAUUGGAGAAAAGAAGACCUUUCAUGUUAUUCUGCAAGCAACGGGUGUGCCUAGUUAUGGUUUUCCAAUAUUUGGGAACUUGUCUUGGACAGAUGGGAAGCACGGAGUAACCAGUCCUAUUGUAGUCCUGUAACUUCAGAAAUUACUCAGAGGAAUGUUAUGUUAUGAUAACCAUUUGACUAUGUGUUUGUGUUUGUUGUUAUCAUGCUAUAAUGAUAAUAAUGUGCUUUUUACCAUUGGAAUGUCGCAGUAAUGAACUUUGUUCCAUUGGAGCUACAUACUGUAUUAGGCACAUCAAUCAUGUAUGGAACUCAUGCAAGAUCCUUCUAAAUAAUAUUAAUUAAUAUUACGCCCUACAUUGCC